AUGGCUAAACAACUUAUUAAAAUAGUAAUGUUAGGUGCACAAGCUAUUGGACGAGCAUUUACUCGAGCAUUACGUCAAGAACAGCAAUAUGCUAGAACUACGGCACAAAGUGGUAAAACAUCAGAGAAAACUGUGCAAACUGAUCGUGUGCAUGGUAUGACUUUACAAGAAGCCAAACAAAUUUUAAAUCUAGCCGAUGAUGAUUUGAAUGCUAGUGAAAAAUUAAAUAAACAAUACGAACAUUUAUUUUAUUUGAACGAUAAAACAAAAGGUGGCUCUUUUUAUUUACAAUAG